UGGCGUUUUCUCACGACUUCACACAAAAUUCAAAUGCUACCUCAAUUUCAAAGUUUUGUCCGGUACGGUCCCUCAUAAAAUGUCGGUCCCAGCUUCAUCCUUGGGCUUUCGCUCAAAAUGUUCCACAGAGCAUCCCAACACUUCACCAUUUUGUUCUGGGCAGUUCUGUGUUAUACAGUCACGCAGCGUGGUAUGUCUCUGUACUCGCAUCGUAAUAUCCAGCUUGACGUUACGCUGCUUUCAAAAUUGGGCAUUGCUUCUAGCUCUCGUCCUCAGGGGACAUGAAACGGGUUGGAUCUGUACAAAUUUCGAUUCGUUUUGUCCCGCAACACAGUGCGCUUUCGAGUCGUUCCUUGUGUAAACACCCAACAUUACCGUCCGUCCGCAGUUGAUGGCGUUAAUAGAAUUGGCGCCAUCAUAAACGAUAGCUAUCGGAGUUUCGUUGUGCUCACUUCGAAAGCAGCCUUCUAGAGAAACUCAAGAUGACAUGGAAGCACCCAAGGAACCACAGCAAAGUCCAAAUGGCGUAGUGACAUGUUUUAGCAUUCAGCAAAGUUCUUUUUGGCCGUUCUGCUGCACUGGUCCUCAAGACAUUGCCGCACAUAACUAGUAUUAUCUCUUUCAGGCAGUGUAGACAAAGGUUCGACUUUCGUGCAUCAGGAUAUCUUCGUCUGACAACAAUAAGUAUCGUGACAUGUUGCCAUGCAUGAUUGACAGAUUCGAGUAGACGGGUGCGUUACGUCCAGUCCAUCUGCCUACACGGCCUUGAUCUACUGAAUAGCAUAUGCAAUGCCGUUCUUGAUGAUAUUAGAAUUCAUGAACAUUCGGGAAUUCAGCAUUGUCCGAUGCUGUUGUAUAUGAGGGUUCUGCAUCCCCCUCAGAUCUUGCAUCUUCCAAGAAACAACAGGCCUUGUAAUGUCGGACGCUAAUAUUACAUAUAACUCCCUUCCGAACCCACUCGCUCCUGCAGCUUGGUUGUCUCCCAAUCUUGCUCUUCAAUACGAGGUGGCAAAGGGCGUCUUUUGGAUUGUACUAGGAGCAUGGACGUGGGACUUGUUAACGGCUGUGGGUGAUGACAUCCAAAUGUUUCGAAACAGCAAGCUUGAAGCUGCGUUCAACUAUGCCGUCUAUGUCUUGUCUCGCAUCUUUACUUUCGGCUUCAUCCUGGGGUCUCUCAUAUUUGAGUGUGGGCUGACCGCCCACCAAGACUGUCUUGUCCCUUUUAAUGUUCUUGCUUGGUUCGGGACCUGCGCGAUUCCCUCCAAUUCCCUCCUCUUCUUCCUUCGGGUGCGGGGCGUAUUUUUUCACGACCGCUGGAUCGUUGCCGGCUUUUUCGUCCUUUGGCUCUCCACUCUGUCUGCCCUGGUGGAACCUUUCGGAUUCAAGACAGGUCAUAUAGGUCCAACACCAUACUGCCUCAUUGCCGAUGUCGCCAAAUUCACUUCGGCUGGUUAUAUCGCUGUCGCGAUAUUCGAUACUUCGGUGUUCGUGGGCAUCUCUCUCCGAAUGCUGUCGAACAGCAUAGAACAGACGUGGCGAGGACGUUUCAAAAUGUUUUUCAGCGGCCGGUGUACGGGAAAGGUUUCGAGAGCCCUGCUCCAGACCGGACAAUUGUAUUACUUGGUUACAGUCUGGGUGAAUCUCGUUUUGACGGUAAUCCUCCUGAUGUCAUUGAUUUCCCCAACGUCCGAAGCUAUGUUCACCGUGCCCAAUAUCGCCUUACAAAAUGUAAUGGCAUGCAGGGUAUUUCGGCUCUUGAAGCUCGGCUACAUCCAGAAAGAUGCUACUAUUCGGGAAGACGCUCCGUUAGCCUUACCCGGUGGGAGAAUUCUUACUUUUGGUCGAACCCCAUGCCUUAUCUCGACAAUCCCAAAUACACAAGAAAACACUUUGGGACCUGUCGGAGAUGAGGCCGAGGAAAUGGGGUCGACUGUAACCAAUCACGACUCCCAGCCCGAAACACCCUUGAAUUCGCAUACUCAAGGAGUUUCAAAUGUUCGACAAGUCAAGGAGAAGAGGGAUCCUGUUGAUAUGGUUUAGUCCUUAGUCAGUCAGCUAUACGAAACAUGAAUUAGGAGGGGCAAAUGGACAGUAUGGACAUCGAAUUUUUCUCUUCCAUAUGUAGUGCUCGACCUAUCGCCCAGUAGCAGAAUUUCAGUUUCUAGACAGUCGCGAGGGAGUUCCUCAAGCUAAUUGUAUAUGCUCAGUUUGAGUCUAGCCCAAGUCUUAUGUACAUGUACCACUUAAAUGGAACUUGAAUCUAACAGAACAUUAGGUUGGUAUACAGUUAGUCUAGGUCACAAUGAUAUUCCC